CUCAAAUGCAAAAAAUUACCUUAGGAGAUCAUUUACGCGGCUUACCCAUCGGCCAUUGGCCCCAAAAUCUUCUGCCAAGCUCUUUCCUCCAUUUCGGAUGUAUCGCUUCGUUACCUGCUAAAGCCACACCCGAAAUUCGUUGGGUUCAAUUUCACCCUCCGAUCGCAUUAAUGUGAUGAAAAGAAGCUUACACGUCACAAAUUAUAAGCGUUUAUAUCGAUCUCGAUCUAGAUCUAACGCUUCAAUUUCGUCUCCUCUUGAAAAUUGGACCAUAUUCGAUAGCGUUUUCUUCCAAAUUAAGGUCGAUCUGGAAGAUUAGGGUUUCAGAUCUCUCCAAUUCGAACCUUUCCGUUUUCCUUUUUCUUAGGGAAUCAAAUGCUAGGCUAGGGAUUUUGCGAGUGUUUUUUGGAGAUCGGGGAGGUUAACAAAAAAAUGCCUGUAAAAGUGGUUCAAUCGUCAGUUAGGGAUCGGACGCAAGAAUUUCAGAGCGCAGCAGAGAGUUUAAGGAAGUCGUUCUCGUCUGGGCCGGGCCAAAAUGGACUGAGUAGCAGUACGUCUAGAGCGGACGAACAGAGAUCUAUGGUUGCGCAUCAAUCGGAGUUUAAUAGGAGGGCUUCUAAGAUUGGAUUUGGGAUUCAUCAGACUUCGCAUAAGCUUUCAAAUUUAGCAAAAUUGGCCAAGAGGACUUCAGUUUUUGAUGACCCUACUAUGGAAAUCCAGGAGCUUACUGCAGUUAUCAAGCAGGAUAUCACUGCACUUAAUUCUGCAGUGGUAGACCUUCAGCUUUUCUGCAAUUCUAGAAACGAAGGUGGUGUCUCCAGUGACACUUCUAGUCAUUCAACCACAGUCGUUGAUGACUUGAAGAAUCGCUUGAUGAGUGCCACGAAAGUGUUCAAAGAAGUCCUCACCAUGCGAACAGAGAAUUUAAAAGUUCAUGAGAAUAGAAGACAGUUAUUUUCUUCUGCUUCAAAAGAUUCUCCAAAUCCUUUUGUACGGCAGCGCCCCCUGGCUGUCAAAUCAGCAGCUGGAGCUUCAAACAACCUUCCUCAAUGGGCUAAUGGGUCUGCAUCUUCAUCACAGUUGUUUCCCAGAAAGCAGGUGGAUGCGGAGAGUCAGCCAUUGUUUGCGCAGCAACAGCAGCAGCAGCAGCAACAACAAAUGGUUCCAUUGCACGACAGUUACAUGCAGAGCAGAGCUCAAGCUCUUCAAAAUGUAGAAUCUACUAUUCAUGAGCUAGGCACCAUCUUCAACCAGCUAGCUACUCUGGUUUCUCAGCAAGGAGAGAUAGCUAUCAGGAUUGAUGAGAACAUGGAUGACACCUUAGCGAAUGUGGAGGGAGCGCAGGGAGCUUUGCUCAAGUACCUAAACAGCAUAUCAUCUAACAGGUGGCUUGUGAUCAAGAUAUUUUUUGUAUUGAUUUUUUUCCUUAUGGUUUUUCUAUUCUUUGUGGCAUAGUCAAUAAAGCGAGAUGGCAGGCUGGUUGAAAAGAGAAAAAGAGAAUGAUAUUGCCUUUUCUUACUGUUCUGGUCUUUUCAUAUAUACCAUCUUUUUUGCUUUAAGCAACAAUUCAGUCCUGCUGGGUUGUGAUUGGAGCCAUUUUUAUUGCUGUGAUGUAUCAUGUAUAUGUACGGGUACAUGUAAAUUACACGGUGUUGGAAACAGUGAGAAUGGUAGAAGCUAUUCCUUUUUUUUUUAUUUAUUGUGGUGUUAUUUGAAAGAAUGUUUCCUAA